CUGUCAAGCAGAUCUCAUCUUGGAGCAUUAGAGAAGAAAAAAGAUUACAAACUUCGUGCAAACGAUUUUCAAAAAAAGCAAAAGUUCCUAAAAGGUCUGAAGCAGAAAGCUCUAGAAAGAAACCCAGAUGAGUUCUACUUCAAAAUGGUCAACAGCAAACUUAAGGAUGGUGCUCACAUUGAGGAGGAGAAGAAAGAUGAUCUACCACUUACACAGAAGAAACUCAUGCAAACACAAGAUCUCAAUUAUAUCAACUGCAAGCGCAAUUCUGAAAUAAAGAAAAUAGAGAAAUUGAAGUCUGGGCUUCAUUUACUAGAUGUCGAUGGAAAACCGCAAAACAAGCAUACAUUUUUUGUUGACACGCGGAUGCAAGCAAAAUCAUUUGACGUGGCAGAGCACAUGGAUACAGCCCCAGAGUUUCUCGCUAGAAGUUACAACAUUCCUCGCUUGAACGACCUGAGCAGAAAACCUAUUAUUGGGCCAUCAAGCGACGAGUCCCUUGCAGCCAUUACAAAAGAGAGAAAAAAGAACUACAAGGAGCUAAUUAAGCGGAUCGAGAGAGAAAGGGAACUCUCUGUCAUCACCCAGAAGAUGGAGAUGAAAAAAAAACUCAUGGGAAAGGAGAAGUCAAAAAAGGUCACAGACGAAACGAAAUCAGCACCUGCAAUAUACAAGUGGUUUGCAGAAAGAAAACGUUAACAUAUUGGAUCCUACAAGUGACAAUAGAAAUUAUUGCUUUCAUAUUUUGUACAUUAGUCAAAUUAUCAAUAGAUAGUUGGAAAGUAUUUACAUCUGUAUCAUGAUAUCAUCAUCAUUGCUACUAGCACAGUGUGUCUUUCCGGUCGGUCGGCUGCUUCUCGGUUGAGAAUGGUCCUGGCGUUCCAUUGGGCAAUUGUCAAUUGUUGAGUUCUUCUUCCUAGCUUAUUUUUCACUGUCAAUGGGAGAUGGGGUCAAGCAGUGCUGUCGAUCGUCAAAUCGAUGUGUGUGCAAUCGUAUGCAAUACUUAAUACAGACAUCUUUGCAUUGAUAGAUUGGAAGAAUGAGGUAUAUUUGUAUUGGAGUAAUACAAUACACCCAUUUCAUACUAGGAAUUUAUUGAUGAUGGAUAGUCAGUAAUUGUUAUUAAAUUUUUUUAGUAAACUUGUA